UCGGACUCACCCGAACACACACUCUGCCCCUCUCCUCCAAAGCCGAUUACAAUCAGAAGGGAUGGCCGGAGACACUGAAGAUGAGAUACCCGAAUCAGGGGCGGUCUUCACGUUUGGGAAGAGCAAGUUCGCCGACAACAUGCCGGGUAAAUUCUGGCUGAAGAACGACGUCCCGCAAAACAUUGCAUGCGGCGACGAGCACACAGCAUUAGUUACAGAGAAUGGGAAGCUGUUUGUGUUCGGGAGCAACAAUUGGGGCCAGCUGGGUCUGGGCUCCAAAUCCAGCGUCACCAAGCCCACCUGUGUGAAAGCCUUGAAGUCUGAGAAAGUACGACUUGUGGCUUGCGGAAGAAACCACACUAUCAUCUGUACAGCCCAGGGUGCGGUGUACUCCACGGGGGGGAACAGCGAGGGCCAGCUGGGGCUCGGUGACUGUGACGAGCGAAUGGCCUUUCAGCAAAUCAAGUUCUUCAGCUCCAAGCGGCCAAUCAGAAUGCUCGCUGCCGGUUCGAAUACCUCGGCCGCGCUGACCGAGAGUGGCCGUCUGUACAUGUGGGGGGACAACACCGAGGGGCAGAUCGGCCUGGGGCAGGAGGGGGGUGCCACCACCCCCCAGGAGGUCAGCGUGGGCCAGCCCGUGGCAUGGGUCUCCUGCGGGUAUUACCACUCGGCCUUCGUCACGGCUAGCGGUGGCCUGUACACAUUUGGCGAGGGUGACAGCGGUAAGCUCGGCCUUGAGCCCAACCAGCUGCCCGGCCACCGUGCUCCCCAGCUGGUGAAGGGGGUCCCAGGGCCGGUGAGCCAGGUGUUCUGCGGCGGGGGGCACACGGUGGUCCUCGCAGAAGAGGGGGUCUACACCUUCGGCCUGGGCCAGUUCGGGCAGCUGGGCCAUGGGACGUUCGUGUUUGAGUCCCGAUCCCCCCACGGGGUGGAGCACUUCAGGAGGGGGCAGGCCGCUGGGGUCUCCUGUGGGGAGAACCACACGGCCGUCAUCACAGAGAGCGGCCUGCUCUACACAUUUGGAGAUGGUCGCCACGGCAAGCUGGGCCUGGGGGAGGAGAACUUCACCAACCAGUUCCAGCCCACACUCUGCCCCCACUUCCUGCAGUACCGCGUCCAGGCAGCAGCAUGCGGCGGCUGCCACCUGGUGGUGCUGGCACGACCCCGCGACCCCACCCUCGACCCCGUGACACUAGAGGAGGAGGACCUGACCGAGGACUACCUAGAGGGCGGCGGCCUGGAGAUCCUGGGGGACACGGUCACCACGACAACCACCUCCACCCUCCAGAGGAGCCUCUCGGCCCGGGUCCGCAGGAGAGAGAGGGAACGCUCCCCGGACCAGUUCGGCGCCAUGUUCCGUACGCUGCCUGCCCGGACGCCGGCCUACCUCAACCCGCCCCUUCCUGUCCACACGAACACAGUCCCGCCCCCACGCCUGGCCCCGCCCUCGUCGCUGCCAUUGGCCCACAGACAGGUGCACAACGGCAUGCACCAACACCAGGAGGCUGACAGCGUUCUGGACGGACUGACGGACACAGACAGCGUCAGGGGGCUGGGGGACACCGCUGACUUCCUCAACAUGACGCAUCUCUUGAAGGUGGACCCCAACGAUCAGUCACUAACAAUGUCCCCCGUUCAAAAGGUCUUUAGCGUCAAAGCUCUGAAUAAGGACGAAGACGAGGAUGAGGAUGAAGACGAUGAGGAUGACGACAAUUACGAAGUAGAGCAGAUCGCGUCGGCGGAGACGGGACCGCACCCCCCACCCAUCCCCGUGAUGUCAACGCCCACCGCCGGCCAUGACACCCACACUGCCGGACCGUCGGCAGAGCCGCAGGACAGCCCCUUACCUGACACAGAGACAAAAGCUUCUGAAAUGAGAGAGGCCCCCGACCCUGCAGUGGAUGAGAAGACUAGUGUCAUCACCAAACCAACCAAUGGCAGCGCAGACAUCCCAUCAAAGGAUCAAUUAGGGCCUGACAAGAAGCCUUCCCUCUUCCGUCCGCUCUCCCUGAACCGGUCCGAGCCGCCCGAGAAACCAGACCUCCACGUCCCUGCAGCCGCCGGCCCCACGGUGGCCCCUCCCCCGCCUCAGGCCCCGCCCCCGCCUCCCAGACGCAGGGGUACACCAGCGCAGGAGCAAACCAGCGUGCAAUGA